UGGCAGUGGUGAUGGUGGUGGUGGUAGUAGUCAUGCAGCUAUUGGUUUGAGUGUCUCCUAGAGCAACAACACCGAGGCAGUGGCAGUCGGUGUGGUGACAGGGAUCCAUGAAGGUGGAGACAGUGGUCGUGAAAAUGCAUGGUGAUGGAGGUGUCUCAUUAUUAGAUUACGUAAAAUAGGAUAAAGAGGAGAGUGGAUUCAAGUGAGAAAGGCCAGAGCCAUUACUCUUCUCUAAUUCGUGAUAUUAACAUGUGCACAACCACGGAGAAAAAUAGUCUGGGGAUAAGAUACAGAGAUCAUAUUUAAUUUUCAUACGCUAUGGAGAAACUGCACAUUUUGGUUUGCCCUUCGGAUCGAGAGAGCGGGCCUUCAUUAGCAAGCUAUGUAUUAUGGGUUAGUGCUAAUGCAAUACACUUCUCAUUGUGCGUAUCCCAAGGUGACCUGUUUGUUCCUUCCACUCAAAACUUCUCACUCCUCCCUCCAAUGCAACAUUUCUGAUGCUAUUAUACGCAGUUUCCUUAUUUUUCUUUUCACUGCCAACAAAAUAAGUGUGUGAAAUCAGGAGUUAAGCAGUACUUUUUAACUAUAUUGUCCUUGAACUGAACGGCAACAGUCAGCAAGUGAGGCAGCAAUGCCGCAGCAUCAUUUGAGCAAUGCGCAGUUCUUGCCGCGGCGCUGGGAGGGAGACAACUGCAAUGGCACAAGAAGAGUCAGUCCGACUGGUGCCUGUGAACGGCGCGGUAACCACUCUUGACGGCCUGAGGAUGGUGCAGGUGACUCGCCCUGCCCUUACCGUAGCCUGCCGCUCCAAUCUCUACGACCACUGCCCCGCUCAUGCACCAGAUCUGCGCGAGAGGGUACGAAGACAGACGCAUGCCUGCAGCAGGUGUUCACUCGGCCGUCUUUGGUCUGCGGUGAGGGCUCGUCUGCCCAUCCUCGACUGGCUGCCUGAGUAUCGAGUUUGUCAUGUACUCCUCGGGGACGUAAUCGCCGGCGUCACUGUCGGUGUCAUGCAUAUUCCACAAGGGCUUGGAUACGCCAUGCUUGCCGGCCUGCCUCCCAUCACCGGCCUCUACAUGUCCUUCUUCCCCGUGCUGGUGUAUGUGCUGAUGGGGACCUCCCGCCACGUGUCUAUAGGCACAUUCGCGGUUUCGUGUAUGAUGAUGGAAAAGCUGGUGCUGGAGCUGAGCACCAGGGACUCCACGCUCACCACCACGCCGGAUCCAGCAGGUGAGAACGGAACACUCGUGCUGGCUCCCGAUGGCUCUCCUCAUAGUGUGGUGACCUCCGUCAAUACCACUGCCGCCUCUACUGCAGCAGUCAGUCCCAGCCCGCAGGAGGUGGCCGCCGUUUUAGCGCUCGUUGUGGGCAUAUGGCAGGUGUUGAUGGGCGUCCUGCAGAUGGGCCAGGUGUUCCUCGUGCUCCUCUCCCACAUGAUCAUCUCCGCCUUCACCACCAGUAUCGCCUUCCUGGUCCUCACAUCGCAGCUCAAGAACGUGUUAGGGAUCCCCGUGUCCCGUUAUUCCGGUCCCUUCAAGACCGUCCACACAUACCGGGACCUGUGCCUCGGCCUGCCCGCUGCCAACCCGGUGGUGGUGGUGGUGUCCGUGGUCUGCAUCAUUGCGCUGGUGGUCAACAACGAGAUACUGAAGCCCCGCAUGAGGAAAGUAAGCCGCAUCCCUGUGCCCAUGGAGCUCCUGGUGGUGGUGGCGGGCACAGCAGUGAGUGACCUGCUGCACCUGGAGGAGAGGCAUCACGUCACCGUCGUCGGCCACGUCCCUACAGGACUCCCUUUUCCCUCCGCUCCCCGCAUGGAGCUGCUGCCGUCAGUGCUGGUUGAUGGCUUCCUCAUUGCACUCAUCAGCUACACCUCAACCUUCUCCAUAGCCAAGAUUUUCGCCCAGAGACAAGGCUACACUGUUGAUGCCGUGCAGGAGUUGUAUGCUCAGGGAAUGAGCAACGCGUUUGGUUCCUUCUUCUCCUGUGGCCCCGUGGCUGCCUCCAUGUCGAGGUCACUCAUUCAGGAAGCAGCUGGCGGCGUUACCCAGCUCACUACCGCCUUCUCCUGCGCCUUCGUGGUGUUGGUUCUUUCCGUCAUUGGGCCGUACUUCAGGACACUGCCUCAUUGCGUGCUGUCCGCCGUCAUCCUGGUGUCCCUCAAGGGUCUCUUUCUGCAAGUGAAGGAUCUGACCAAGCUGUGGUCGUCCUCUCGCCUCGACGCCGCUAUCUGGCUGGCCACUUUCGUGGUGAGCGUGGUGGUGGGUCUGGACUACGGCCUCCUGGCGGGCCUGGCGGCCUCGGCGGUGGUGCUGUUCCUUCGUUCACAGCGACCGCCAGCCCUCCACCUCGGCCACGUGCCCUUCACUGACCUUUACCUCGACCUGGACACCUACCACAAGGCGGUGAAGGUGCCCGGCGUGAAGAUCUUCCAGUUCGGCGGGCCACUCCACUUUGGCAACGCCUCUUACUUCCAUUCCAGCCUCUUCUCCGUCACUGGCCUGGACCUUGCCGCCGCCAAGCCUGCCGCCACCACCACGGUGCCGCUCAUGGACACACGCCAGUCUGAGGAAGAUACUUCAAGUCAAGACAACGGUGAUGGGGACAUUAUGAAUCAAGACGAAGUGAAUGAAGGAAUGAAUCAAGCCUCUACUCAAGAAGCUGACAAAGACUCGUCGUCCUCCCAGCCUCCCUCGAGCAGAGAUCUGACUCUAGCUACCGUGGGCAGCCAGGCAGUGAAGAGCUCCACCUGUUCCACAUCACCGGUGUGCCGCUGGCUGGUGCUCGACUUGUCCUUUGUCAGCUUCGUGGACACCACGGGCGCCAGUCACCUGAGGCAGCUGCACCGCGAUCUCCAGACCGCUGGCGUCACCCUGUGUCUGGCGUCCGCCUCAGACAGGGUGGUGGACGCCCUUGAGAGAUGCAGUGUGCUGGAGGAGAUCAGCCGCGACCUCGUCUUUCACUCCACCCACGACGCCGUCACCACCAUCACCUCUCUCGAUCCCUACCACUCACCGGCCACCGUGCCGGACCUAUAGUCGCUGCCACAUCCCAGCGGUGGUGCUUAAAUCUAUAAAUGGAGUCACCUUUACGUGUUAGUUCCGUCUGUUUUGUAUUAGGGAAAUUACUAAAUCAGAUAACUUAUGUGUAUUCUAUUUUUCUUUAUGAAUAAGAGAGUGGGAAAAGCUGUGAAAAUAUGUUACCUAUACAUGCUAUGUAAGAAAA